ACAAGCCUGUGCUGCAUGUGUUGGUGUACUCACCAAGAAGUACUUGUUUGCAGCGCUCCUGGAGAACUGCACUCCUCGCCCUGUGACAGUGUGCUUGUGGGAGCCACAUGCUCUGCUUUCCGGUGACAUGGAUGGUCAGCCAUAGCAACAUCCUAGAAGAUGGGAUUAUGAAAAAGUGAAUAAAGUACUUUGGGAGUCACAAGUGGGUAUCAUAACCAGUUUCUAUUCACCUAAGAUGUCAGAAUAAUGAAGCAGCCAGGAUAAUUAUGGUUGGUCAUGGAGGAUAAGCAGGAAACUUGUCCCAAGGGGGACAGUGAUUUUGUUUCUGACAAAGUAAAUUUCAAAAUAGAAGAAGAUGAUACUCAAACUCCUUGUCACACUUUGGAAAGAGUGGACUUUAAAAGUGAGCCAGAGGAUAUGAGACAGACAGACAGUGGCGACGAGCAGGCAGAAAUCAGGGCAACACAGGACAGCUGUGCCUGUCAGCCUCCUGGGAAAUACUUACCUGCUGAGAGUGAGGAUGACUAUGGCUCCCUCUUCUCCCAGUAUAGUAGCACACUGUACAAUGUUGCCAUGGAAGCCGUGACCCAGAGUCUUCUUUCUAGCCGACACAUAAACUCCAGGAAGAAGUCUCCAGCUUGGAAGCAUUUCUUUAUCUCUCCUCGAGAUAGCACUAAAGCAAUAUGCACAUGCUGCAUGAAAGAGUUCAGUAGGGGCAAAAAUGAAAAAGACUUGAGUACAAGUUGCCUCAUGAGACAUGUGAGGCGGGCACAUCCCACCAAGCUCAUUCAAGAAAACGGAAGUCUAUCAGCAGGGUCCUCCUUUCCCUCUCCCUCUCUUCUGCUUCCACCACAGCCUACAGAUGUGGGAGAUCUCAGCACUGUGCUCUCACCUGUCAAACUUGUCCAGAAAAUGGCUCCCAAAAUUCCAUCCCCUGACCAAAUAAUGGAAGAGUCUGUGACUGUGGUCCCUUCUGAAGAGGUGUCCUCUGAUGUGUCUAUCACUAAAAAGUACAGCAGAGAAGAGGCCUUAGUGGGCUCAUCCCCCAACCUCUCCAUGCUCCAUUACGAUGACACUUCAGAAAGCAUGGCAGAGAGAAACUUUCCCCUUCCCAAAAGCACAUCUGGGUCCAGGAGGAGGUCAGCCGUCUGGAAGCACUUCUACCUGUCACCCCUUGAUAGCUCCAAGGCGGUCUGUGUCCACUGUAUGAAUGAGUUCAGCAGGGGGAAGAACGGGAAGGACCUGGGCACAAGCUGCCUCAUCAGGCACAUGUGGCGAGCACAUCGAUCCAUUGUACUCCAGGAGAAUGGGGGCAGCACAGGCAUCCCACCAUUGUACCCUAUGCCUCCUACCCUGCUGCCUGCCCUGCUGCCCCCAGAGGGGGAUCUAAACUCUGCAUCGUUGUCUCCAGGAAAACAAGUUAAAGAGUGCCCUUCUGCCUCCUCUUCCCCAGACAGGCUGCCUGAAGACCUGUCAUCACACCCCAAUCCUGGGGGUGUGCCCCGGGAAGAUGUGUCCAUGUUGUCAUCCUCUGAUGACUUGGGGGAGGCCUCUGUAGUAUCUUCUCCAGAGAAGCAGCCAACAGAUGCACUAAGUCCAAGGUUUGAAUCAGGUACUGUCUUCCAGCAGAAUAAGAAGGUCAUGAGAAGACUGAAGUCAGAAGUCUGGCAUCACUUUUCCCUGGCCCCCAUGGACAGUCUCAAAGCUGUGUGUCGGUACUGUAGCCGUGUCAUUAGUCGAGGGAAGAAGGGGGACGUAGGAACCAGUUGUUUGAUGAGACAUCUGUACAGACGCCACCCUGAGGUUGUUGGGACCCAGAAGGAGUUUCUGGGUGCAAGUUUGGCAAACUCUCCAUAUGCCACUUUGGCCUCUGCAGAAAGCUCCUCCAAAUUAACUGACUUGCCAGCAGUGGUGAGAAAAAACCAUCAAGGUGUGUAUCCUACCAACAGCAAGAAGACCUCAAAGCUCUGGAACCACUUUUCUAUUUGCUCUGCAGAUUCAACCAAGGUGGUGUGCCUGCACUGUGGCCGGACCAUCAGCAGGGGCAAGAAGCCCACCAACCUGGGCACCAGCUGCCUCUUGAGACAUCUGCAGCGAUUCCAUGGCCAUGUACUCAAGAAUGAUGUCUCAGAGGCCACUCUGCCCCGUUCUUCAGGCAUACGGAGGCCUCUGGGCUUGGAGCUUUCAGGGACUUCCUCUUUCCGUGACUCAACUGAAAAGCUCUAUGACUCUCACCCAGUUGCCAAAAAAAUCACAAGUCUCAUAGCUGAAAUGAUUGCACUUGACCUUCAGCCAUACUCCCUUGUAGACAACAUUGGCUUUAAUAGGCUGCUCGAAUACUUGAAACCUCAAUACUCCUUACCCUCCCCUUCCUACUUCUCUAGAACAGCUAUCCCAGGUAUGUAUGACAAUGUGAAGCAGAUAAUUAUGUCACAUCUGAAGGAAGCUGAGAGUGGUGUAGUCCACUUCACCUCUGGAAUAUGGAUGAGUAGCCAGACUCGUGAGUACCUGACCCUUACAGCUCACUGGGUCACCUUCGCACCUGCUGUCCGACCACAUUGUGAGGACCACCACUGCUCAGCACUCUUAGAUGUGUCACCGAUUGACUGUGAUUACAGUGGAAAUAGCAUUCAGAAGCAGCUGGAGUGUUGGUGGGAAGCCUGGGUGACCUCCAUCGGCCUUCAGAUUGGCAUCACUGUCACUGACAAUCCAAGCAUAGGGAAGAUGCUGAAUGAGGGCGAACAUUCAAGUGUGCAGUGCUUCAGCCACACAGUGAAUCUGAUUGUGAGUGAAGCUAUCAAGAGCCAGAGGAUGGUGCAGAACUUACUGAGCAUUGCCCGAAAGCUGUGUGAGCGAGUCCAUCGGUCGCCCAGGGCAAGAGAGAAGCUAGCAGAGCUCCAGAAGGAGUAUGAGCUACCGCAGCAUCAGCUGAUCCAGGAUGUACCAUCCAAGUGGAGCACGUCAUUCCACAUGCUUGAACGGCUAAUUGAGCAGAAGAGGGCAGUUAAUGAGGUGUCCAUUGAGUGUAACUUCAGAGAAUUGAUCAGCUGUGACCAGUGGGAGGUUAUGUAGUCUGUGUGCCAUGUGCUGAGACCGUUUGUUGCUGCAAGCCGAGAGAUGAGUGCCCACAUGUCUACCCUGAGCCAGGUCAUCCCCAUGAUCCACAUCCUCAGCAGGAAAGUCGAGAUGCUCUUUGGGGAGACAAUGGGCAUUGACACCAUGCUCAAGUCCCUCAAGGAAGCCAUGGCAAGCCGCCUGUCUGCCACCCUCCAUGACCCCAGGUACAUCUUUGCCACGCUGCUGGACCCUCGCUACAAAGCUUCUCUGUUCACAGAGGAAGAGGCAGAACAGUACAGGCAAGACUUAAUCAGGGAGCUAGAAAUAUUGAAUUCUACCUCAGAGGACACAGCCACCUCCAGUGGCUGUGACUCAGGGUCCCCACUUAAAGACACUGGCACAGGGGAGAACCUGUGGUCACUUGUUGCACCAAUAAAGAGAGAUAAGAGAGAGAAGCUACCCGAAGACAUGGUGCUUGCGUAUUUGGAGGAAGAGGUGCUGGAACACAGCUGUGACCCACUUACCUACUGGAACCUGAAGCGGUCAUCCUGGCCUGGACUGUCUACCUUAGCAGUCCGAUUUCUGGGCUGCCCCCCAAGUGCAGUCCCCUCAGAAAAGCUCUUCAGCACACCCAUGGAGGCUGGCAGCUUUGGACAGCCCAGGCUCACGAUGGAGCAUUUUGAAAAGCUCAUCUUUUUAAAAGUGAAUCUCCCCUUGAUAUGCUUUCAGUAUUGAACUCAUGAUGGAGCCACCAGGCUGGAAAUGCGCUUCAGAGUGCUAGCUAUGGUGCCAGGGCUGACUCGCCUGGCAGGGCCAUGUAGGACACCAGACCAGGUAUCUGGGGCCGCCUGCCAGUUCUCACCAUAAUAUCCACAUGUGCCUUACUCCUCCUUCAGGCCAGGUGUCGAGGUGCGUUUUCAGAAGCCCGCUAGAAACAGUCUUGGCAAUUAUGAAAUAGGAU